AUGAAGCUUUCUGCUAACAAAGAAUGCUGUAAGGAUCUCGGCGUAUUCGCAACCAAGGCUGAUUCUACAAAAUGGAAUAUCCGGAAGUUGCUACUUGAAUCUGGAUACCCCCCGACCAACCUAUUCAUAGACGCCUCGCAUAGCAGCCAUAUCGGUGCAAAUGCCAGUGACGAUGCCGCAGGCAAUCUUUCCAGACAGCUUGUAGUAUCGCUUGGCGCUCGCAUCGUGCUCCGGGAGAAUCUCGAUAUCGCCCGCGGGCUCAUCAAUAACUCCUUUGGAACGAUACACGAGAUCAACUGGCAUGGGAGCAACUGGGAGUAUGGCCCGCUCAAUCCACGAGAAACUACCCCCGAUUGUCUUUACGUGACGUUCGAUCGUUAUAGUGGGCGACCCGACUGGGUUGACGAUAAGGGUCACCCAUUAAUACCACUUUUCACGUCACUGCGCCAGUUCCACUAUGAUGGACACAAUUGCGAGCGCUCGCAAUUUCCCAUAUCCGCCGCGUUCGGUAUCACUGCCUAUAAGGCACAGGGCAUUACUACAUUACCGGCAGGCAAAGUCGCCAGCGCAUCCAAUUCCUCGUGA